AUGGACCUCCUCACUGAGCUGGAAUCCCUAGCGCAAAAGUGCGAGACCACAUCUAGCUCUGGUGUCUCUCCACUUGACAUUACCAGCUGGCAGACACUCUUCGAUUUCAACGCUUCAAAAGCCGAAGAAGAGAUUACAGAUCACCGCGCCAACCUAAACCGCAUCGCCAUCUCCGCCGAGCACUGGGCCACUCAGAAAACGUAUCCUGUGCCGUAUUUCUUCUACGGUACACUAGCGGAUGAGGAUAGGUUGGUAGCGUUGCUGGGUCUCGAGGAAAGGCCUCAGCUUACGCCGGCGAAGGUGCGGAGAGCGAGGGUGGAGAUGAGGGGGAAAUAUCGGGGGGUUGGUGGAUGGGAGAGAGGGGAUGAGGUCAAGGGGUGGAUGUUUGUUGUUGGGUGUGAAGGGCAUGAGGAUGCGCUGAGAGGGUAUGAGACGGAUGCUUAUGAGGUUGUUAGAUAUUUUCAUGAUGAUGAUGUCGCUGCGGAGCAACAGGAGAUGAUGGGGAGGAUUGCUGAGAUGAAGGCACAGGGUAGUGGGGCUUCUUUGGUCUUUACGCGAACCAACCUUGGAAGACGCAACUUCCAAGCAAAGAACAUUUCGUAUGUCCCCAAGAUCGACCUCGAGUCCCCAGAUGCUGGCCGCGACCUCGUCCAGUUCCUGGAAGCACACGGGAUCGAACACCUUGACAUCGUCAUAGUUACAGCUGGAUACUUCGCGAUCGAAUCUCUCAAAGAGCCGUCUUACUCUGCACAGAAGCGCAUGUACCGCACAUGCGUUAUCGGCCCUACCAUACUUGUCACAACACUUGCAAACAAGGACGAGAAGCUCCUCGGCUCGACAUCCAAGGUCAUUCUCGUCUCCUCUGAGAGUGGCAGUAUAACACUGAGGCAUAAGUCCGAAGGUGGUGGCAAUUAUGGACACCAUGCCAGCAAAACAGCGCUCAACAUGUCUGCGAAGCUUUUAAGCUUGGAUUUGAAGGAUAGGGGUGUUGCAAUAUGUACCGUGCAUCCUGGCUUUAUGAGGACAGAGAUGACCCGUAACGUUGGAUUUGACAAGUACUGGGAUGAAGGAGGGGCCGUCACACCCGACGUUGCUGCAAAAACGCUCAUAGAGUGGAUUGAGACCUUUGAUAUGAGUAAGACGGGUCAAUAUUGGGCUCCUAGAGGAGCUGGGGAUAUCGGAACCGCCGAACCUGUCUUGGGACCCAAGGACAAGCUUCCCACGCCUCUUCAGCUACCGUGGUGA